AUGAAGGUCCGUCAAUACAUGCUGCGCUUUGCGCUGGCACUUCUGGGUAGCAAUGUCGUUGCUGCAAGAGCCCUGAGUGGCAAACCGAGCGACUUCAUCAUCCGUGAGGAACGUGCUCUGCAGGAUAUUGUUACUUGGGAUGAGCACUCACUCUUCGUUCACGGCAAACGCGUCAACUUCUGGGGCGGAGAAUUUCAUCCUUUCCGAUUGCCAGUCCCAAGUUUAUGGCUCGAUGUCUUCCAGAAGAUUAGGGCUAUGGGUUAUAAUGGUGUGAGCUUCUACUCUGCGUGGGUACUCCACGAACCCAAGCCAGGACAUUUCCAAGCAGAGGGCCUGUUUGAUUGGGAGCCGUAUUUCGCGGCAGCGAAGAAAGCAGGAAUUUAUCUCGUUGCUCGUCCUGGGCCGUAUAUUAACGCGGAGGUACACGGCGGAGGCUUCCCAGGCUGGCUUCAAAGGAUCUCGGGAAACCUACGCACACCGGAUGCGGACUACCAGGCUGCAUCAAAGCACUACAUCGAGUCUAUCACUCCCAUUCUAGCGAAGGCCCAGAUCACGAAUGGAGGCCCGAUCAUCCUCUUCCAACCGGAGAACGAAUAUUCCAUGGGCAUGAACAACGUCACCUUCCCAGACGCAGAUUACAUGAACGGUCUCAUGAAGCAAUUUCGCGAUCUGGGCAUCGUCGUCCCUUUCAUUAAUAACGUUGCAUGGCCGAGUGGGAUAAACGCUCCGGGUACAGACGCCCCAGUGGAUAUCUACGGACACAACUCGUAUCCUCUGGGAAUGAACUGUUCGGAUCCGAAGAACUGGGUUGACGGCGCGCUGCCUACGGAUUGGCGCAAGACACAUCUUGAGCAGAGCCCGAAAACGCCAUACUUACUGGUCGAGUACCAGGGCGGUGCAUACCAGCCAUGGGGAGGUGAUGGAUUCGAUAAGUGCGCUGAGUUCACGAAUCAUGAGUUUGAGCGAGUGUUCUACAAGAACAACAUCGCUGUGGGUGCGACGAUAAGCAAUUUCUAUAUGACGACGUUCGGCGGAACAAAUUGGGGCAAUCUCGGCCAUGCUGAUGGAUACACUUCGUACGACUACGGAGCUGCUAUCACCGAGGAACGUCAGGUUCAUCGUGAAAAGUACAGCGAGGCCAAGCUCAUUGCAAACUUUGUCGCUGCUUCGGGAGAUGCUCUUGCGUCUGCUACGCCUGGUUUUAACACAACGGGAGUAUAUACAGACAACGACGCUGUCACGGUAACACCCCUCGUCGGAGAGCAGACCAAGUUCUACAUCACGCGCCAAGUGAAAUACAACUCGUUAGACUCCGUAUCGUACAAGCUCGCAGUGCCAACCAGCACUGGCAACAUUACCAUCCCGCAGCUUGGUGGAACCCUCUCUCUGCACGGUCGUGACUCAAAGAUUCAUGUCACUGACUACCCAGUGGGAGGAUACAACCUCCUCUACUCAUCGGCCGAGAUCUUUACUUGGAAGAAGCACGGUUCCAGAACAACUUUAGUAGUAUACGGCGGUCCGAAUGAGCGCCAUGAGCUGGCUGUCUCAAAGACAAGUGGAGCCACGGCAGUCGAAGGCUCUGGCGUCAAGUUCGCCAACCGAAACGGGGUUACCAUCGUCAAUUGGGACUCUAGACCUGAGCGAAGAGUUGUUAGGAUCGGUCCUAGCUUGUAUAUCAUCAUUCUUGAUCGAAAUUCUGCAUACGACUACUGGACCGUGAGCACCAGUGAGGGCAGUUACUCUCACGAGCUUACACCAUCGUCGGAACUCAUCGUGAAGGCUGGCUAUCUACUUCGCACUGCGUCCAUAACAGACGGCAAGAUUCACCUGACGGGUGACAUCAAUGCGACCACAAUUGUGGAAGUGGUUGCUGGAGCGCACGAAAAAGUCAAAGGCCUAACCUUCAAUUCCGCAGACGUCAAAGCCACGCUCGAUAGGAACGGUUUCCUGAAGUCAACUACUCUUGGCUUCUCCACCCCACAGGUCCAUCUCCCAGACCUUAAAACUCUAUCAUGGAAGUCCAUCGACACCCUGCCAGAGCUGCAACCAGACUAUGAUGACUCCACAUGGCCAGACGCAGACCACACAGACACAAAGAACACCUACUGGCCUCUCAUCACUCCCACCGUCCUUUGGGGUGCAGAGUAUGGCUUCCACGCUGGCUCGCUCCUCACGCGUGGCCACUUUGUUGCCACCGGUAACGAAUCCAUCAUCCACCUUAAUGUCUCAGGUGGCUCAGCCUUUGGCUUCUCCGCGUGGGUUAACAGCACUUUCAUCGGGUCUUGGGAGGGAGCCGGCGACGUCAAGAUUGCAAACCUCACACUACCCAUCCCGAAGCUGAUCAAGGGGGAUAACUACGUACUGACUGUACUUUCGGACCAUAUGGGCCAUAAUGGGAACUGGUUCAUUGGCUACAACGAGAUGAAGACGCCGCGCGGGAUCAUAGGGUACGACUUCCCAGGACACACGCCGCCGAACAACGGCACAUCACGCGCGCCUGACGGCAUAAAGUGGAAGAUCACGGGCAACCUCGGUGGCGAGGACUUCCACGGUGGACGGCGAGGCUCGCUCAAUGAGGGCGCGCUCUGGGUUGAGAGGCACGGCUACCAUCUCCCUGGGGCACCGACUGAGUCUUGGAAAGCGAGUAAGGAACCCACAGCGGCGCUACAGAAACCGGGCGUGACGUUCUACACUGCCACCUUCACCCUCUCCAUCCCAUCCUCCAUUGAUGUUCCCCUCUCCUUCGUCUUCUCCGGCGAUGCCUUCAACGGCAAGGGGAAAGGCUGGAGAGCGCAGCUGUGGGUGAACGGUUAUCAGUUCGGAAAGUUUGCGAAUGGUAUUGGGCCACAGAAGAGGUUUCCCGUUCCGCAGGGAAUACUGAAUUACAGCGGAAAAAACACGCUAGGCGUAAGUAUUUGGGCGUUGGAAAAGGGUGGUGCAACACCAGGAGGGUUUGAUAUGGUGAGCGGGAUGGUUGUGGAGAGUGGAUUUGGGGAUGUGGAGUUGAGUCCGAUGGAUGGGUGGGUAGAGAGGGAGGGAGCAUAUUAG